ACCUCCAGCCCUGUUCCCAUGAGAUUUUUGGGAGCUUGCAAAGGCAACUUAGAAGGACGGGAAUAGAGUUGUCUAUAAAUAUCGAUAGCUCUCAGCUUCUCACAGAGGAAAAUUACUCCAAAAAUGGGGACAACAACAAGACACUCAUGUUUGAAGCUUGAAAUCGCUAACUCCACCGAACCCAUCUUCGUAAAGGGCACGUGGGACCAGACCCAUUUCAACCUCUCCAUCACCGACGGCAUCAACGCUUGGGUCUGCAAUGCGACUGAAGAGGAGGUGAGAGAUAGAGCGGCGCAGUGGGACCAACCGGUAACCGAAUACGUCAAUUUGGCCGAGCGGUAUCUAGGGUUUCAACAGCCUGGCUCGGUUUACGGUUUCAAUGAUGCUGCUAAUGGAUGUAAAAGAUUGUCAUGGACAUUUGAGAAACAAGGAACAAAGCUUGAAUGGAGGUGGAAAUGUGAACCUGCGCUAAAUAGCAAGAGUGUUACAGCAGGAAUUUUGGACUUUCUGAUGGAUGCUAACAUUAGACUCAGUGAUGAAGUUGUCAGAAAAACUCAAUCCUUUGAGAGGCUGAAAGUGGAGGCUGAGAAAUGUUUGACUCAAAGUGAGAGAUUUAACCAGGAGAAGGUGGAGUUUGAAUCUGCAAUCUACACAAAGGUUGCAUUGGGUUAUAGGAAAGGAUUUCAAGUUUUCAGCAUCUCCUUUAGGAUUCAUGUGGAAUUUGGUUCUUCUUGUGCUUAUAGUUCCUUGGCGUCCUGAAUUCAAAGAAAGCAAAACUCAGAGAGCUUCGUGAUCAGCUUUCAAAACAGGAUGUUGGGAAUUUGGCAGAGGAAGAGUCCACAGACAAAACCGAGAGUUUUGAUGAAGGGAGUGAAAGCGAAAGGAGUCUGGGAGAAGCUACAAAGGAUAACAUAAGCACUUCAAAGGGUGCAGCAGCAAGUAGGGCUCGUGGUUGGAAGAGGAAUACACAAAAAUAACAUCCAACGAAGUCAAGUAUAUAUUAGAGCAGUGAAGGUAGUCUCCUACCACUUUGGAUUUGAUAUCUUUUCUCUGUGAUAACUUAGAUGUAUUUGGUCCUUGUAUAGAUGGCUUAUAAUGUAAAAUGUUCAACUCAUACAAGUUUUUAGUACAGGUACUUUUGUUCUUUAUCAAAACAUAGAGGGCUUAUGAGAAAUUUUUGUUCA